AAAACCAAGUAAAUCACAUCAGCUGUUUCACCGUUAUCUAUAUGUUUGCUCACCUCCUUGUAGAAUCUAUUUAGAGUUCUCUUUAAAAGCUUUUGUAGAAAAAAUAAUGUCCUGACAUUCCCACUUCUUCAUUUACCCGCCUGAGGGCUGCACUAUAAUAUUACACACCCAGUUUAAACCAGUUUAACAAGCUUUGCAAUCACAUUUCUGCUAAUAAAUAAAAAGUGAAACUAAAAGAAAGAAAAGUGAAUGAAAAUGGAGUUUGGCGAUCUGAAGCAGCACAUAAGCUCCUACUCGCUAAAUAACUGCCCUCUGGGAAACCAGGGGUACAACCGAAUCCUCCUACAGCUAUUUGGGUUACUGGGGCAUGGCAAGUCGUCCUUUAUCAACUCCUGCAAGUAUGCGCUACUGGAUCUGCCGUUCGCCCUGCACGCUGAGGCCGCAGAGCACGAUGGCGGUCUUACCAUGGAAAGGAAAACGUAUCCGCUGACGCAGACUAUCACACUGGUGGACAACAGAGGAUGCACAUCAUUUAACUCUUUUGAGACUGGAGAGAUUUAUGCACAGCUGGGUAACUUUGUCCCGCUUAAUGAGAAAGUAGAAUGGACAAAGGAAUUUGAGGACAUCUUAUACCGGACAGAGGAUGUUGAUGUGGAGCCAAACUUUACCGAUUUCAUUGUACCCGUGUUUGUUUACAGUGCAAAGAAAGACAUCACAGACACAGAAAUUCCAGAAAUUAAAACAUUCCUUAAAAACUGCCGAGAUUUAACGGGAAUAUUCCCCAUCAUCGUUCUCACCAACAAGACAGGUGGUCCUUUCGCCAAGCUCCAUGAUAUAUUUGAGGGCAUGGGGGCAGAGGAGAUAUUUGCAGUAGAGAAUUACACCAUAGAGGAUCAUUUUAAAACCCGAGGGAGACAUAUGCAGUUCCUGAAGUUUCUCCAUAAUGCAUUGGAAGAAGUCAACUUUUGCAUGAAAGAGCAAAGACACCCAAGAAAGGAGCGUGCCCAAAGGAAGAAGUUCUUGAUAAAGUUUGCACAUGAAAGGGAAAAAUCCACAGUUGAAGCACCAGGAACAUGAGGACAGAACUAUAAAUAUCAAAGUUAAAAAUGUAAAUGUUCUGAGGGACCUAAUUGUCAAUAUACUGUUCAGCAUGUUUUAGAGAAUAUUAAUGUUUAUUCCUAGACAGCUAAUUUACCCAGUGAUGCUCCUUCCAAAAGCACCAAAAAGGACAUCCUUAGCACCAUAAAGUAGCAAUCCUUCUUUAUUGGAAAAUCUUCUGUAGUACAGAUACAACAAACAUAAGUGACAUUUCGGGAUACAAUCCCUUAAUCAUGCUUAUUGGCCUCAUCUGUGUACUGCACCAUAGUCAUUGUUUAUUUUCCAAUCCAAAUGUGAGCUUAUGUGCAUUCUUUUUGCAGAUGACCCAGUUUGGCUGUCAGCAUGCCCACAGCACUGCCAUUUGUGCUUUUGGAAGGAGUCAUGUUCAUUUUGUUGUGGGGUAAUUAAGCUUGUUAGGACUCAAUUUUUCCUGUAAAAUAUUUCUAAGUAGUAAAAAUGUACUUUCUGAGAAACAUCUUUUUUUCCAAUACUUAUUCUUAGCAUCUGAUUAUACAAAAUAAAAACAUAAAACAAAUAAAA